GUUUUCCCCCCGCGAAUCAUGAAGUUUUUCAAGACUCUUCGGGUACAAACAUAAGUUCACAAGAAAAGAUGUUGUUCGUAUCGGACGGCGUUGAAAAGGACUCAAAAUCGUUGUCAGCGGAAAUACAGAAGGUAGCGGAGACGGAACCUGUUCGAAAGGAUGUUCACUUCCAAGAUGUGUUGUGUUAUGUGUAUACGUCGGGUACAACUGGAAAUCCAAAGCCAGCUGUCAUCAAGCAUUUCCGGAUGGAGCAAGCAUUGUGCUGUCAUUUGAAAGCCGUAAAGGCAUGCGGAAUAGCAUCCUACUGGAUGCACAUGGACGCGGGUAGCACGCUCACCU